UCACUACCCGAUCCGACUCAUUUAGCGUGGUAGGUUGUUUUAGGCAUCCUGUCGCGCCUGAAUGACGUCAGCCAGACGUUUACCGUCAUGGCGGCCGCGGAGGGCUGUGAGGAGAUGAGCGGCAACGGGGAGCUGGUAGAGUCUUCAGCCAUGGAAGCUCCUGAGGUUCCAGCGCCACCUCUACCUGAAAUAACGGAAGAGAACGGCAGUGCCGCCGUGGUUCCUGAGGCUCCUGUUGGCCCCGACCCUGCUUCCUUCUCCAUGCAACCAGCCGCAGUGGAUGAAGAAGGGGAGCUACCUGCAGACUUUGAGCGUCUGUGGAAGGCCGCUCAUGACAAUCCUCAAGACUUCACCUCCUGGACUGACCUGCUGCAGUACUGUGAGCAAGAGGGUCACAUCACAGCUUCACGUAGAGCACUAGAAGCCUUCCUUGUUCGCUAUCCUCUCUGCUAUGGUUACUGGAAGAAAUUUGCUGAUCUGGAGCGCCGCGUUGGGCUUAACGACAAAGCAGAGGAGGUGUGCAUUCAGGGUCUGCAGGCAAUCCCUCUCAGUGUAGAUCUGUGGAUCCACUACAUCAAUCUGCUGCUAGGAACACUGGACAUGAACCUACCUGAGUCACCCAAACGGAUUCGCAGUGUGUUUGAGGAUGCUGUCGCAGCAGCCGGUUUGGACUUCCACUCGGACCGGCUUUGGGAUCUGUAUGUUGAGUGGGAGAAGGAGCAGGGGAACAUGAAGAACGCAACAGCCGUCCUGGACAGAGUCCUCAGAGUCCCCACACAGCUCUACAACACCCACUACGACAAGUUUAAAGAACAUCUGAACAGCCAUGAACCUAAAGAGGUGCUUUCUCCAGAGGAGUACGAGGAGCUGAGGGAGCUGUGCCGUCAGAGCCAGAAAGCGGAACGAGCUGAACAAGCGCAGGAGGAGGAGAAGGAGAGGCCGCCGGGUGAGGAAGAGCCUGCCACACCCGAGGGCACAGACACAGAGGAAUUGAUGCAGAAGAUUAGGGAGCAGGUGUUACUACGCAGGGACAAAGUGUACCAGGACAACGAGGGAGAAGUCCGGAAGAGAUGGCACUUUGAAGAUGCCAUCAAGCGACCGUACUUCCAUGUUAAGCCACUUGAUCGCCUCCAGCUCCGCACUUGGCACUCAUACCUCGACUGGGAGAUCACAGAGGUGAACAAGGACACGAAAGACCCCAGUCAAGAUCCAAACCAGGCCACAGAGGAGUCGGAGGUCACGGCCCCUCCACAGGAACCAUCGGAGGAUGCUAUAGUCGCUCAAGAUGACCACAGAGUUCGCAUCCUCUUUGAACGUUGCCUGAUCGCCUGCGCACUCUAUGAGGAAUUCUGGUCCAGGUACAUCCAGUACCUGGAGCCGCAGAGCGUGGACGAGGCCCGGGCGGUUUAUAAACGAGCCUGUGAAAUCCACCUGGCAUACAAACCCAACAUCCACAUGCACUGGGCGACCUUCGAGGAGAGGCACGGUGACUUAACUGAAGCUCGGCGAGUGUUGGAGGCCCUGGAGAAGAAACUGCCAGGUUUGGCGGUCGUCCGUAUCCGCAGGGCUGCUUUGGAGAGACGAGCCGGCCAGCUGGAUCAGUCGGAAGCCUUGCUGAGGGAGGCGGUGGCUGAAUCCAAAGAGAAGCCCACGUUACACGCUUUCUAUUCAAUCAAGCUGGCUCGACUGCUGCUGAAACUGGGCAGAGACCCUAGCAAUGCCCGCAGAGUUUUACAGGAAGCGCUGGAAAUUAGUCCGGAUAAUGAUAAACUGCACAUGAACCUGUUGGAGCUGGAGGUUUCAGGUGACCCGUGGGCCUCAGCCGAGGCGGUGCAGGAGUGUGUGACACGAGCUCUGGCAGCUCCUCUCGAACCUCACACCAAGAUCCUCUUCUCACAGAGGGGCUUACAGUUUGCAGAGGACUACAGCAACUCUAUCCAGAGUGUGCUGUCUGUCUACGAGGAGCACCAGAAGCUGCUGAAGGAGCUCGGUGGAACAAAGAGAGAAGCAGAGAACGGGGAUGAAGAUCCAGAGAAGCUGAGCAAAACUGAUGACGGCUCUGCUGUGGCUGUGUCUGCACAAGUCCCACCUACCAUGCCGCACGUCCCCAUCACCACGCCGCCUCCUCCUGUGAUGGGCACCGAUAUGAGCGCACAGGCUGGAUACGGAGGAUACAGCAGCUGGUACCAGCAACCGCAAUACGGCAGCUACGGCUACCAGAACACCUGGAACUACAACCAGGGCUACUAUCCACCGAGCUAGAGAGAGCAACAGUAAAAGACCGCAUCAGGCCACUGAACAAUAAAACUGAACUGAACAGUCCUCCAGACUGUGGAGAUGUUUCAUCCUGCUAAAGUUCAUCCAAUCAUUAUUCUUCCCUCUCCGUCCUUCCUCUCAGUCACCUCACUGUCUCACUGGAUUUAUGAAAACGAGGAGUUGAGGUCAUUUAAAAGAUCAUCUUUUCAUUUUUUUUUUUUUUUUCCUGAACAGCAGGUGGAAAGAUGAAAGGAAACACGGCGCUCAUCUUCAGUGGCGCGUCUUUGAAUUUUAAUCAGAACUAUUUUUGUAUUUGUUGCAAGUUGACCGCUUUGCUCGUGUUUUAAAAUCAUCCAACUUCACAGGUGAUGUAUGAUUGACAUUUUGUACCAUUCCACAGACUAGGCUAUGUUUUUUUUCUAAUGUAUAUAAAGGUGUUUUAUAGUGUGUCACAACACGGCUUCUUUGUGUCAUGUGUUUCUGCUUGUAUGUUCAUAAUUAGAGUGGGUGGGGCAAAAUAUCAAAUAUCACACUGUAAAGCUGGUGGCCUGUUUCGGGUCGCUGUGCCUUGCUCGUUAUCUGGAGUUUACAUGUCAGAAAGAGCAUUUACAACAAAGGGAAUGUCCUUUGUUUAAAAUAAAGUGUUGGCUGGAUGGGCACAUGCAAACAGGGAAAGCACUCGUCUUCUUCAUGGGUUUUUAUUUUUAGCCAAGCUAGCAACAUUUCUGUGAGAAGAGGGACUGCUGUUACAUAAGAUGUAAAACCUAACUGAAAAAAGGUAUUGAGGUUUUUUUAAAGAAAGGGGGGAAAAAAGCAAAAAAAACCUUGUUUGAAGUUAAGGCCAUUUAUAACAUGGACUUGUACAUGUCAAAUUGAGUUAAACUGAGAGCAUCUGGUUGUGAUUUUUGUCUUGUAUAAUUCCAGCACCAGUGGCUGUUCAGUGAGGACUACAAAGUCCAAAAACUUGCAUUAUUUGGUGGAUUAAGUAUUGAUUUCAAAGGUGGACAAAAUGCCAAACAUGUAAUGUGGGAAUGGGUCGCAGCAGGAAAAGGAUCUGUGGCAAACUACAAAACCCAGAGGAAAAUCACUUGAGUCAACUUUAGACUUUACACAGAGAUAAAAUCACUAAGUCAACAAGAUUAUGUAAAUAUAGUUUCCUGCUUAAGACCUACUUUAUCAACAAAUCUGUAAGAAAGUAGAAAAAAGCAACAGAUCCCCAGACAAUCUGAAGCACUUUGGGUUUACGUUUGAAUUUCGGACUAUUAACCUUUGUGAAUAUUGUUUAGCACAGAUGAUCCUCUAAGCCGGGCGUGUCAAACUCAUUUUGCACUGCAGGCUACAUACAACACAUGGUAAUCUUGAGUGUGACGGACCAAAGAAACUCCCCCUUCUGUCUAAGGAAGUUUAACUACACAUCAACUACCCAUUGUGGAAAAAAACCACUUCUGUCACCCACUUGUUUAUUACUUAAUUACUUUGAUGAAGCGUGGGGGAGGGCUUUAUCAGAACGAAAGUUAUAAAACUUAUGAAAAUACAGUUAAAAGUCCAAAGUUUAUGUCGUCCUUCACAUUUUCCAAUGCCUUCCAGUGGACCGGAGUUUUGCUGGGCCAGUUCUGAGCUCCUAGGCCUUGUGUUUGACACCCCUGCUCUAAACCAACUAAGGGUGGGCAAUUAAUGUUCCCAAGUGACCACAUGAGAAAUUGGGACCGUUGUGGAGGGACGAAUCAAUAAUCUGGACUCGAUUCUGUUCAAUGUUAAUUUUAUCUGUUUAUAAACUGCUACUGAUAAGAGGAGAUGUUACACUUUCCCUUUUGGAAAAUUGCCCAACCCUUCUCUAAACUUUAUAAAGCACCAUCCCAAGGUUGGAAUUUGUCUUUCUCUAUCUGUUCACUGAGACGAAACUAAUGACACCGUCCACAGCCUCAGCUGAACCUUUUGUUUGGUGAUAACUGGAUAAAGUAGGAUGAAGACGACGAGCAGAAUUAAAUGAACAAACGUCACAAGUAACAAACUUUCCAAGUCAGCUUUAUUGUAAGUAGAUUUUUGGUGACCAGGUAGACAUAGCUGUCAAUAUAUUUAAACUUAUAAAAAAAAAAAAGGCAAAGUGUCACAAAAUCAGGAAGAUCGUGGGGAUUAAACUUAAGGCCCUUUCCGAAUCAGGUGUUGUUAUGGAUCGGGUUAAAACUCAACGAGUUUGUUCUCUUUUUUUUUUUCCUUUAAUGUGUUGAAACUAUGAGUGGUGCUCCUUGAAGCAGUAUCUGUCAGAAGCCAGCUAUCUUCACUAUCAGGCUCACUGCACACACCAACCCCACAGCCUGUGAAACCAGCGCAGAAGAGGAUGGAUUCAAUCAAGCCUUUUUCUUUUUGAUAGUCGAACCAUUUUCCUCCAUAUCAUCACUUUGAGAGGAAUUACACAUCUGUGCUUUUGUUAAGUUAUCUGGCUUGUUGGGUGAAAUUAAAAAGACCGCAGCUCUGUUUGUGGAUCAGUCCAUGUUGUGGUAUCUCUGGUGUCGAUGUAAUGGAAGUGGUGAGGUAGGCUCACAGAGCAGAUCCUCCUGUUCUUA